AUGUGUGCACGUAAGAAACAUGUAAUUGACUGGAAGACAGUAAACGGCGCAUUUUCAAAACCGAGACGACUUCAUUUGGUCCAAGGUAGCGAUGGUUUGAACCGUUGUCCAAUACUUAGCUGCGAUCAUCCAGGAUUCGCAAGCCGAAGAGGCUGUCGCAAGCAUGUUAAAACAAUACAUGCCUGGUAUUACUAUUUCGAUGAAAAGCCAAAUGUAGCCGUCGAUACUUUGGUCAUUUCUACUGCCCCAAAUGUUGCAAACGGAAAAGGUUCAAACGUCCCGAGUUGUUCGACAGACAACGACUUCGCACGGUCGUUCUCGCAGUGGCUACAAAGCAGUUGUGGCGGGGGGAAAUCUCGUAAACAAUCGGACAUUUCAGUAUCGAGAGCCUUGAAGUUUGUAAAAUUUUGCUGCGACCAGAGUGCCGAGGCGGAAGAUGACGUGCUCUCCUCUACCAAUUUCAUCGACUACAGCUUGGGAUGCCCCCAGCUUUUGACAAAUUUUGUUGACAGUCUGGACACAAAAUGGGGUAUUGGACAAUCUGGACGGAUUGCUUACGUGACAAGCAUAUCGGACUUGCUGGAUUUUCGAAAGUUCAAUUCACCGCCCUCAUCUGUUCUUCAAAACUUUGCCGUAACCGAGGUUUAUGUGAAGAGAGCACGAAAGUGUUUGGCGAAGGACAUGAGAUCAAAUUGGACAACCGAUUUAGACAUAGAAACGCUGGAAUCGCAUCGAAGUUGGGCAAGCCUUUCUGAAGUACAAUCCGUGAUUCCAUUUCACAAGGAACGUUACCAAUCUGUUUUAGAAAUGUGCAUGGAAAAUCCUGAUUCAGUAAAGCCUUGCGACGUAACGUUUGCCACCCGAUUCAUCGCGGCAUACUUGUUUCUCAAAGUGAAAGGUUGUAGGCCCAUGACGUACCAGCAUCUAACUCUUCGUAUGUUUGAAAGUGCAAGAAGAAAUGACGGAAUGGUAGAUCAGAAAAUUUUCAAGACGGCCAAAAGAUACGGUUUCGAUAGCGUAUACUUCGACGAGGUUAGCAUCAAUUUUUUAGAACAAUAUAUUACGUAUGUCAGACCUCUUUUAAAUCCUAUUUGCGACUACAUUUUAGUCAAUCGAAAUGGGAAACAAUUUCAGAAACUUACAGACCUUUUGAGCGUGUUAGUCUUCGAAGCCAUCGGAAAGUACAUCCACCCUACCAGGUACAGACAGAUAAUUGAAACCGAAAGCUGCGUGGCACUUUUGCCAAAUGAACAAAAGUGGAUAUCAGAAGACCAAAAACACAGCUCGAAUGUGGCCCGUGUUCACUAUCAAAAGAAACGCUCUCGCCAAGUAGCAAUCCGAGGACGCUGGUGCAUGAGAAAAUUAGUCGAGACAGAACGUAAGACGGUGAACAGCGACGUGAAUACGAACAUGGAAAAUGAGAACGAUGUGACUAACUGUUUUCAUGGACCGGUUUCAGAAAACGACAACGCCACAGAUAUUGCGACUAGUUCGAGAGAGAAAUUGUUUCAGCGCCGUGCUGGUAUCCGAUUCACAGCCGAAGAGGAUGAGUACAUUAAGAUUGGCAUGAACAAAUUUGGCUUACGUUGGUCCAAGAUACUGCGUCAUCCGAACUUUACUUUUAAUCCCUGUCGAGUUCCAAACACUUUGCGAAAAAGGGCAGAAGCGUUAAAGUUAGUGUGA